CUGAUUUUGUUUCUAUCUUUUUGUCUUCAAACUGUUGUCGUCCUUGUAUAAAUCAUCUUCUGAUGUGUAUAUCAGUUAAGAAGUAUACGAAAAGCUGACAUGAAACGAUAUACGAUGAUGGUUUUGGUCAGCUUCGUAUUCAUUUCUCUUCUUGUACCUGUUUUGUCUACGACUAGUACAAGUCUUGAUAGGUGUUUAAUCAAUUACAAUGUGUCUGUGUAUCGAACAAGGGAUGAUUACUUUAACUAUUUGCUCGACUUCUCCAUUCAGAAUCUCCGAUUUGCUGAGUCCUUCAUGCCUAAACCAAUGGUCAUUAUCGUGCCAGAGAGCAAAGAACAGCUUGUGCACAGCGUUGUGUGUUGCAGACAAGGUUCGUAUGAGAUAAGAGUAAGGUGCGGAGGACACAGUUAUGAAGGGACUUCAUCGGUUUCCUUAGAGGGAAGUGGUGAACCGUUUGUGGUCAUUGACUUGAUGCAACUAGACCGUGUUUCAUUGGAUUUGCGCUCAGGGACGGCUUGGGUGCAGGGUGGUGCAACACUUGGACAGACUUAUUAUGCCAUUUCCCAAGCCAGCAAUGUCCGCGGCUUUGCAGCAGGUUCUUGUCCAACUGUGGGCGUUGGUGGGCAUAUUUCCGGGGGUGGUUUUGGAUUUUUGUCAAGAAAAUAUGGACUUGCUGCUGAUAACGUGGUGGACGCUCUUCUUGUUGAUGCACAAGGACGGAUAUUGGACCGCGAAUCCAUGGGAGAGGAAGUUUUUUGGGCUAUCAGAGGUGGUGGUGGCGGAAUAUGGGGAAUCAUAUAUGCCUGGAAAAUCCGGUUGCUCGAAGUGCCCAAGACUCUCACAAGUUUCGUAGUCUCUAGGCCUGGUUCCAAAAGUGUUGUCUCGCGACUAGUUCACAAAUGGCAAUUCGUUGCACCAAAGUUAGUUGAUGACUUUUACCUAUCCGUCUCCAUUAGAUCAGCUGCUGUUGCCAGUAGAGGAAUUGGCGAAAUGAAUGCCCAGUUCAACGGAUUUUACCUAGGUCCAAGAACUCAAGCCAUUUCCGCCUUGAAUGAAGCCUUUCCAGAGUUGCGCGUUCUGAAACAUGACUGCAAAGAAAUGAGUUGGAUCGAGUCCAUACUUUUCUUUUCCGACUUAGAUAGCUCUUCCAAUGUCUCGCGUUUAAAAGAACGCUACUUUGAUAAAAAAUCAUACUUCAAAGCCAAGUCGGACUUUGUCAAGACCCCGAUUUCAAUGAAUGGGAUACUGACAACACUCGAUGUACUCGAGAAGGAACCCAAGGGACACAUUAUAUUGGACCCUUAUGGUGGAGCCAUGGAGAGGAUUAGCGAGAACGCUAUUGCUUUCCCUCAUAGAAAGGGCAACCUAUUCGGAAUUCAAUAUCUAGUCGACUGGAAAACAGAAGACAACAGCAUCGCCAAGAGCAACGCGUACAUAGAAUGGAUAAGGGAGUUUUACGAUACAAUGGCACCCUUUGUUUCAACCGCGCCUAGGGCAGCGUAUGUCAACUACAUGGAUCUAGACCUUGGAGUAAUGGACUACUUACUGCUAAAUACUACUGCUGAUCGUGAUGCAGUGGAGAGAGCUCGAGUCUGGGGCCAAAAAUAUUUCUUGAAUAACUACGAUAGGUUGGUUAAGGCUAAAACAACAAUCGAUCCACUAAAUGUUUUUCGACAUCAACAGGGCAUCCCUCCUAUGUUCACCAAAAUGCAAGAGCUCUGGAGUACUCAGUGAGUUUACAAAUUGUUGUACAACAUAUGGUAAGUUUGUCUUAAAUUUUCUCUUGGUUGUAUCAACAAGGUUAAUGUAUAUUUAUAUACUAGAUGAAUUGCCCGAAACAACAGUGAA